CUCCAAGAGAGUUUCUUCCCGCUGGUUCUUCGUACUCGGCGCCGUGACACCGCCGGGCCCUUAACAUGACAAUGACCAUGCCUGCGCGCUCAGCAGAUCCACCAUCGCCGCAAGAGGUUUCGCGAAAGCUGUCUCUGCACUCCGUCGCGAAACCCAAGAAAUCGAAUGUCUCUAUUUCAGGAACUGAAUCGGAUUCGGAAUCCGUUUUCGUCCCCGAAUAUAUCUCGCCUCCAUCUGCAUCAGCUAGUUUGACUGGAGGAGUCCUUGCUGGGAGUUCUACCCAGCCUGCCCUUGGCGCCAUCGCGGAGCGACGUUCAGCAAGCGGGGAAGAGUCGGACGACGACGAUGACGACGAUGACGAUGGAUGGCCAGUUGCCGAUAAGAAGGGCAAACAUCAAGGCUCGACAGACGAGAGCGUGAUCAAGGCGGGAUAUCUGCGCAAGAAGGGCGAGCGGCGGAAGACAUGGAAGAAGAGGUGGUUCGUUCUCCGCCCCGGCCAUCUCGCGUACUACAAAACCAGUGCCGAAUACGAGCUGUUGCGUCUGCUCGAUCUGAUCGACGUUCAUGCAUGUACUCCUGUAGCUCUGAAGAAACAUCCCUAUGCGUUCGGCCUCGUCUCACCGACACGGACGUACUAUCUUCAGGCUUCAUCCCAGGACGACAUGCAAGGAUGGGUGAAGGCCAUCUCGGACGCGAGGGAGUUACUUAUGCAGACAACCGCCAAAAAUUCUGGUACCUCAGCACCUAUCCCUAUCCCCACGGGCGGCACCAGCGACGCCCACUAUCCGCCUCCCCUGACGCCUUCGCCACCUACUCAGUCUCUGCAUAUGCAUGCCCUUACGUCUUCUGAAUCUGAGGACGCAUCAUCGAAUGCUCCUCGCUCGUUCCCGACGUCUUCCCCGACCCGUGCAACCUUUGCCUCUCCGAAUAAGUCCUUGACCGCGCCGGUCGACGCUUCCAAGCCUGUUGCUUCAGGAUAUCUCAUGAAGUGCGGCUCGAAGAGGCGGAAUUGGAGAAAACGAUGGUUUGUGUUGACCGGGGAACAGCUAGUGUAUUCCGGAAGCCAUAUGGACACGAAGCCACAUCGGCAAAUCGCGCUUUCCCAAAUAUUGGAUGCUCUCGAAUAUGAUCUUCCUCAGCAGCGAGCCGGUCCUACACAUGUCUCUCCGCCGGGUGUUACGUCUCCGCCGACCACCGUGCCCGUGAACUCUGAGGAAGGCGACGCAGUGCAGAAAAAGCACACUUUCAAGAUAGUCACAACGAAGCGGACUCUACUGCUAUGUGCGCCCAGCGAAGAGGAAGAGAUAAAAUGGCUCAGCGCUGUUCGUGCGCUAAUCGCUCGUCGAUCUGGCGCAGGAGUAGUGCCUGGGAGUGCGGGGGCGAGCAGUGUCGCAAAGCCCACAGGAACCGAGAUCCAGCACGCUGCUUCGGGAUCUGGAUCGGGCCCCAGUGGUAUCAGGGGCAUAGCGAGGCGCUUGAGCGUCAGCGCCGGCUCGGGCGGCAUCGUCGGGAAUGCAGUGCCUGAAGAGGGCGCUCCGGAUAGAGCAUAAAAGCUGUCGUCACCUCCUCGUCUUGACAUUUCCUCCCGCUUAUCCCCCAACCUCCCUACUCUGGACUCUCCGCCAUUCACGGGGCGUAAUCAUGGGGCUGCAGCCUUCUGUCACAUAGUGGAUCUUUAGCGGACCCGUCGCGGGUCCUACAUACUACGACUCUUGGACUUCUUGGGGUACGCGGACGUUACGGUAGCCUAUUCUCCAUCGUUCUCGGAUUCUGGGCUGCGACAUCUUCGUAGGUUACCUAAUGACAAGUGGCUGGCUGAUGGAACUGGGACUUUUGUGUACACCCUGAACUGUAAUAGUAAUCAGCAAUACCGAUGUUGGCAC